AUCUUGUCCACGGAUACUUUUCUCAUCAUCUAACCUUCACAAGACGUGCGCAAGGACCUCAAAGCGAGCCAACGUCAUAUUUGAUGAAAAGUUGAUCACGGAAUUUGCUGACCGUUCUUUCUUGGUUUUACUGAAAUCAUGAUGAGAAGCCUCUUUUGUGCUCUGUUACUUUCUGCCGUCGUGCACGCAUAUCGCAGCGGCACAACUUCGGUUGAAAGCGAGGCAGCCGGGGACGGAAAGAGUACGACCGCAGAGGGGCAAGAGAAAUCUCCAGGGCCUGGAAAUAAUCAACAUGGGCAGGAGGAGGAGCCAUCAAAUAGAGAAUCGAACGCACCAGAUGUUGGAGAGAAAGAGCCGCAGCCAACAGAUGAAAGGCCGGGGCCAGCAGAUGAAAAGCCGCGGCCAGCAGAUGAAAAGCCGCGGCCAGCAGAUGAAAAGUCGCGACCAGCAGAUGAACAGUCGAAGCCAGCAGAUGAACAGUCGAAGCCAGCAGAUGAACAGUCGAAGCCGUCAGGAGAAAAGGCACCGCCAUCUUCAAAUGCAGGAAAAGACGAUGGGCAACCAUCAGAUGCAGGGGAAGUUGAAACAUCUCCUGCGUCAGCUGAGCCAGCGGACGUUGUUGCCUCUCCCGAAACAGAUGCUGAGCACCGCGAUGCGCCGCAUGAUCAACAUGGAGAUGAAGCACAAGAGCAAGAACCCUCGCUGGACGAAAAGCCUUCUAAAACCAUUGACACACCAAAGGACCAGGAGAAUGAAGCAGGGGAGGUAAAAACAACUGCCGUACUAGAAGGAGAAGAGAAACAACCUUCAGAAACGGUAAGAAAUGAAGACGGAGGUUCAUCAGAUGAAGUUGAAGCUGCGAAACAAUCGGAGACAAGUGAAGCACAAGGUACAGGUGGAGACGAGGCACCAAAAGCAGAGUCACAUGAACGUCCAGAAGAGCAACUGCCUUCCGGAACACAUUCUGAUAUGGCACUUGAAGAGAGAGGAGUCGCACAAGCACAAGAGCAAAAGGUAGCACCAUCGACGAACGCAAAGGUAGCUGAAAGCGACGAAGUUGCUGGAAACGCAGAGAAGGAGUCAUCAAGAUCGACUGGGCAAGAGAAUCAAGAACCCGCAAACCAAGAGCGGAAGCCAUCUUCACAUGCUUCAAGGGGUUUAGUACAUACUGAAGAUGAAAAAGCUGAGCCAAAAGCUGAAGAUCAAAGGGGCAAGGCUGAAGAUAAGAAGCCUCCAACCACGUCACAUGAGGCGGCAGAAGCACAACCGUCGCCGCACAAGCAUGAGGAAAGGCAUAGCGUGCAGGAGCACCACAAAGACGAAGAGUCUGAAUUUCAUCAGCAAGUAAAAAAGACAGAACAAGAGGGAGAACCUUCGGCGGAAAAUGUCCCCACAUCAUCAGCGAAAAAUGCAGCUAAGCAUCCAGCGAAGCACGCACCACAUGAACAUGCUCCCGCUGCUCCCGACCUCGGGAAAGAGGGUCUGCGAAAAGUGCAGUCCGUGUCUCGCGAUAUGCGCCAAGCGUUGCAAAAGCGAGACUACAGGAGUGUAGAUAGGGCAAUUGAUUUACUUCGAAAAGAAUUCAAAACGCAACAUCGUAGAAUAGAAGUUGCGUUUGAGAAGGCGAAAGGAAUUGGAGGAUAAUACCUGAUAGAUAGACAUGAGUCUGUACUUACCGUUGCUUCGCUCAGUAGAGACAAGAAGACCGGGUUCC